AUGAGGGUCGAACACAUUGAGCACAGGAUAGAAAGUCAGAUGGAAACCCUCGAUCUGCUACAAGACACACGACAAACUCUCCUUAGAGAAGGAUCUACUAUCACUUCAUACCGCCUUGAUACACGAUCAGCUGCAUUGAAGCAGCUGUGGGAUAAAUUUUCUACUACUCAUGAGGCUAUCGGCAUCGCGAUCACCCAACUUCGUACAGAAGAGAAAGAAAAACUUCAUCGACACAUAUAUUUCAAAGAUAAACUCUAUAAAUCAGCAUAUGAGAUUCAUUUGGAAGCUGCAGAAAUCAUAAAUGAAUUAUCUGAUGGAGAUAAGAAUCUGCACCGUUCUUCGUCGACAGCGUCAUUGACGCAAAGUCUUUCUCAACAACCAAUAUGGCAACGGGGUCCUCGCCUUCCACGCAUCGAUCUUCCAAAAUUCAAUGGAACUCCUUCGGAAUGGCUUCCAUUCAAGGACCUUUUCAAUUCACUGGUCAUAUCAAAUCAAACUCUAUCGUCUGUAGAAAAAUUGCAAUAUUUGAAAACUAGUCUGACAGGUUCUGCAGAGGCUCUUUUAAAAAAUACAACGCUUACCACAGACAAUUUCCAGAAAGCAUGGGAAGCUUUGGAAGUAUUUUACGAAAACAAAAGACUUUUGGUUAAUUCAGCCUUUCAUUCUCUUCUCACGCUCAAAAGAAUGACAAAAGAAUCGGGGAGUGAAAUGGAGUAUCUUUACACCAAUAUUAUGCAAAUCUUCCGAACGUUAGAAACCCUUGGCCGCCCUGUAAAUUACUGGGAUGACUUUUUAGUAUUCAUCGCCACUCAGCGCCUCGAUGCCGAAUCUGUAAAAGCUUGGGAACAUCAUCUAGGACCUUCCAGGGACCCUCCCACUUGGAAAAACUUUAGCGAUUUCCUUAUGAAAAGAAUGCUUUCUUUAAAAGCAUUUGAAAAAUCACGCCAAGGAAAACCUCAAUUGGCACAACAUCAUCAGAUCGUGAAAACGUACUACGCCAGUGAAAAUCAAGAACAACAUAAUAAGAAAAAAACCUGUCCAUUUUGUUCAGAAGAUCAUUACGCUGCAACUUGUAUUCAAUUUUGCAACAAAACCACCGAGCAAAAAACUUCUCUUAUCAUUAAGCACAAAUUAUGCUUUAAUUGCCUCGGGUUUCACCAAAUUUCAGCAUGCCGUUCGCUCAAGAGAUGUGCUAAGUGCGGACGAAAACACCACACUUCUAUUCAUACAGAAAAAUUCUCAAAAUCUAACAACGAGAAUUAUUCUUCUGCAUCUACACACAUUCAAGGAAAUCAUGCCUCGCUCACUCAACAACCAUCAACAUCUUGUACUCUUCUUGCAACCGCUCAAGUUUAUGUAUCAACAGAAACGGAGGAAAAAAUUCAAGCAAGGGUGUUAAUCGAUCCAGGUUCUCAAAUAUCGUUUAUUUCAGAAAACUUUGUGCAGUGCCACCAUAUUUCCCGAUCCAAAUCGUCACUAGUUAUUCACGGUAUCGGUGCAGUAAAGGCUGGAAAAACGAAAGGGAAAACAUCUAUAGUACUCUCACCUUAUUUCGCUAGUAAAGAACAAUGCAAACUUACCGCUCACAUUCUCCCUAAAUUGAUUUCCACACUACCAACGAUAAAGCUCGAUAAUCUUCAAAAUUUGCCACACCUACACGGACUCACCUUGGCUGAUCCUCAUUAUUAUCUUCCUGGGAGCAUCGACAUCCUUAUCGGUUCUGACUAUUAUGGGCAAAUCAUCGAAGAAGGCUUGAAAAAAGAAAAUAACAAUUUACCAAUAGCACAAAAAACCAUUUUCGGUUGGGUUCUCUCAGGUCCUCCAACUAUUACUCAGCCACAAACCAAUGUCCACGGAUUUACAGUUACGAUUGACCAAGAUCUUCACGACCUUCUACAGCGAUUCUGGCACCUUGAGGAAAUCCCAUCUUCUAACCGAUCUAAGCGUUCUACCGAGAAUCAACAGUGCGAGGAACAUUUCAUUCAAACGCAUACACGGGAUGAAAACGGGCGUUAUGUUGUUAAACUCCCAUUAAAAUCAUCGGCAUCCAACCUUGGAGAAUCAAAGAGUUACGCCUGCAAAAUCUUAUUUUCAUUGGAAAAACGAUUUAAGAACGACCCUGCCUUAUAUAAAUCUUAUUGCGAGUUUUUGAAGGAAUAUGAAUCAAUGGGACACAUGAUACUCGUUCCGGAAUCUACAACGGAUUCCAAAUGCGUAUACUACUUACCUCAUCACGGAGUCAUCCGAACGAACAGUCUUACGACGAAGCUUCGCGUCGUUUUCAAUGGUUCGAGCCGUACGUCCAAUGGAAUUUCUCUCAACAACAUUGUCUACACUGGGGAAAAAUUACAAAUUGACCUUCACGACGUUCUUCUGUGGUUUCGUCAAUUUCGAUAUGUCUUUUCAUCAGAUAUGGAAAAAAUGUAUAGGCAAAUAAGAGUUCACCACGAUGACUGGGGCCUUCAACGCAUCCUUUGGAAAGAUGAAUUUGGAAAAAUCAUCACUUUCGAACUUACCACUGUCACCUAUGGAUUAGCAUGUGCACCGUUUCUAGCACUUCGGUGUUUACUUCAACUUGUUCACGACGAAGGUCAAAAGUAUCCACUGGCUAUACCACCGCUUACCCAAGGGAGAUAUGUCGAUGACGUUUUCGGGGGAGCUGAUUCAAUCCACGAGGCUCAAGCAAUCGUUAAACAAACAAACGAAAUGUGCAUGGCGGGCGGUUUCGCUCUUCGAAAGUGGAUUAGCAAUCAUCAAGAAAUUCUAAAAAAUAUUCCUCCGAACAUAUGCAUUAACCCCCCAUCUGUUGCCAUCGAUGAGGAAACUACCGUUCACGCACUCGGGUACAUGGCUUUUGUGAUGCUUCUCAACAAGCUAUCGCUGCUGUUGUUUAUAUUCGAUCCGUUACUAAUGACACAACUCAAACAACAAUUGUCUGCUCAAAAACAAAAGUUGCUCCUCUAA